AUGUCAGCAGGAAGGGCGACCGCCCUUGUCGGUGCAGGGACGCAAGGUCGACGUCUGGCAUACAUGUGGUCAAGUCAGGGCCGGCCUGUUCAUCUCAUUGACGCCCAGGCGAAGCAGCUUUCUGAGAGUGUCAAAUACAUUGACCACCUCCGGUCUGCGUCCCAGCGUCCGAAUGCACGAUGGGGUGAAAUCAAGACUUUCAGCUCGGACUCGUUGCCCGCGGGACUUCGAGAUACGUGGUUGAUCGUUGAGUGCGUGCCAGAGAGACUGGAGCUCAAGCGACAAAUGAUCGCUCGGCUCGACGAGCUGGCGACACCUGACACCAUCAUUGCGUCCAACUCGAGCAGUUAUAGCAUAUCCGAGAUAAUUGAUGGCUUGAAAUUGUCUAACGACCGGCGGGUCCUCAGCGCUCAUUGCUACUGGCCUCCGGAGACCUCUGCAAUUGAACUCAUGGGUCAUGCAAAUACUGAUCCUGCAAUUAUCCCACUUCUUAUGGAGCAGUGUCGGGAGCAUGGAUUCAGUCCAUUCCAUGUGAAGAAAGAUUCCAUGGGCUACAUAUACAACAGGAUUUGGGCAGCAAUCAAGAGGGAAGCGUUGCUCACCGCAGCGGAGGGCGUGGCUACUCCAUCCGAGAUAGAUGCGAUUUUCAAGGACGUCUUAAAGACACCCAAAGGUCCCUUUGAGCAGAUGGAUGUCGUUGGUCUUGACGUUGUGCUCAACAUCGAGGAACACUAUGCAGAAAAGCGGAAAGACGUCCCUCCCGAGCCUCGAGAGUAUCUGCAGCGAUUCAUUAAUGAUGGUCUUCUGGGUGUCAAGAGUGGACGGGGCUUCUAUGACUAUGAAAAGUCGUGA